ACGUGCAGUGUAGAUCCAGCAAUCCGAAGACUAUUCAUCUCUGCAAUUCCACACUCAAAAUUAUUCACACACAAAGGUAAUUGACAACAAUCAGAAACCAGUGAAGAUUUAGGCGAAAUGAUAGAGAUGAAGUUUCUCGGUAUGGAUUUCACCUGCGCUUUGAGUUCGUUGCAAAGCGGUCAAAUUCCAGAAAAAGACUGCUUGCUUCCGUUAAUAUCAAAGCUAUUGGGUUACUUGAUCGUCGCCGCUUCCACCACCGUUAAACUCCCGCAGAUUCUAAAAAUUGUACAAAACAGUAGUGUCAGAGGGCUUAGUGUUGUGGCGUUUGAACUUGAAGUUGUCGGCUACACAAUUGCGCUAGCAUACUGUCUUCACAAAGGGCUUCCAUUUUCAGCUUAUGGGGAGCUAGCAUUCCUAUUGAUUCAGGCUAUAAUUCUUGUAGCAAUCAUCUAUUACUUUUCUCAACCUCUAGGAAUAAAGACAUGGAUCAGAGGCUUAUUAUACUGUGCAAUAGCUCCAUCGGUGUUGGCUGGCAAAAUUGAUCCUAUGCUUUUCGAAGCUCUAUAUGCUUCCCAACAUGCAAUCUUCUUUUGUGCUCGAAUUCCACAAAUUUGGGCAAAUUUCAAGAAUAAGAGCACCGGGGAGCUUAGCUUUUUGACCUCUCUAAUGAAUUUUGCUGGAUCCAUGGUGAGAGUCUUUACCAGCAUGCAGGAAAAGGCACCAAUGAGUGUGGUUAUGGGCUCGGUGAUCGGCAUUGUCACAAAUGGUACGAUCUUAUCGCAGAUAGUUUUGUACCAGAAACCACCUGCAAGGAAAGAGAAGAAAUCCGACUAGGGAAUGAGCAACUUUUUCAGUGUUGGACGAUUCGCUCAAUGAAUUGAAAGCAUCCAUUGGGCGGAGAGGAAGCGGAAAAGCACAAAAAAUAGUGAAUAAGCGGAAAAGAUAGACGAGAGAAAUUUUGGGCGGAGAUGUUGUUUUCAGCUGCAGAGGAAUUUUGUGAUUAUGUUUGUUGGUAGUGUGGGAAAUGAGUAAUUUAGUCAAGAAUUAGAUUUGUUUAUGUAAAAAGAUGUGUUUUUCUUUAAAACUUUUGGGAUUAAACUAUGAUUAAACAAGAAACUGUUGUAAUCACUUGAUUUGAGGCAAUUAUGGUGAGGAAUUCGGAGGUGGCAGUUCAUCUCGGCU